UUUCAUAGAUACAAGGUUCUCAUUGGCCACGGCGAGAACGUUGACUUGUCACGUGAUUUAAACUUCGUCUUGAUGGCGCGGGAAGUUGCUACCCCGCACAGUUAACGUUUUCGCAGAUAUUUUGUUUACAUUUAUGCGGCCUUUGUUGAUCCAUUCACUGAGUCAUGAGUGUGUUGGAGGUGAAGUUCAUCGGGGAUGCAGAGGUUGUGGAGCAUAUCGUGGACAAACAGGAGGAGGUGCACAGCAGUUCUGGGGCUGUCCAGAAGAUGGUCACGUUCAAGAGCCCGGCAGGAAGACAAACUAUAGAAGACCCAUACGGGAAGGAAGGGGAUGACAACGGCGUCUUUGAUGAGCAAAACUAUGUUCAAGCUAUUUGUGCAGACAAUACAGAAGAUGAAGAAGAUAUGUCCAGAGUUUCCGGAACCUCCAUUUUCACGUUUAAGAAAAACAAACGAGGCCACAGCAUGGCCCAGACUGCAAGUGAGCUGGCACGGACCCCAGGAAAAAGUGUGAGCUUCAGUGAAACUCCCUCCACUCCCACUCGGCCAGGCUGCAGCCAGAAAACCGACAACAGAACACCACAGAGGCGCAAAAAGGUGCAGUUUGUGUCCACAACUCCCCACAGGCUCAGGAAGCGAAUGACAACUCCGAGCCUAAGAUCCGACAGCGACAGCGAUCUUUCUCCGUCCGACUCCGGUGAGGAGGAAGAUGAAGUCAUGGUGGAAGAAGAGCAGAAAAUAGAAAAAGACGGCAAAGAAAACAAGGCCCUAAGAACACCUAGUAAAGGUCUAUCGGCAGCACUUAACAAGACCCCUUCCAAAAAGAGCAAGACCAUGGGGCCCAGCAUGGUCGAAGAGUAUUUUGAGGCCCACAGCAGCUCAAAAGUCGUGACGUCAGACCGCACCCUUGAACGUCUACACACACCUAAAUUAGACCGGGAGACGCUUGUGCAGCUUUUAGAGGGGAAGCCAUCGUGCUACCUGGCAGAGAUUCAGCAGCUCCACGACAAACACAAACAGCACUUCAGCAAAUGGAUGCUCCAGCUACAGUUGGGAUUCAGUGUGCUGCUCUAUGGUUUGGGCAGCAAGAAGUUUCUCCUGGAGGACUUCCGCCUGUCUCACUUGUCUCAACACAUGCACCUCGUGGUCAAUGGGUUCUUCCCCUCCAUCACGCUGAAAUCUAUCUUGAACGCCUUGACGUGUGACAUCCUCGACCACCAGGGGAGUUUCCGAACGCCGUCUGACCAGAUUCAGUACAUCUCGCGGGCCCUGAGAGAGAGCCCAGAUCGUCAUAUCUACUUGUUGAUCAAUAAUAUUGACGGACCUAUGCUGCGUGGAGAGAAGACCCAGAGUGCACUGGGGCAGCUGGCGUCCCUGCCCAACAUUCACCUGGUGGCUACUAUUGACCACAUCAAUGCUCCUCUUGUGUGGGACCAGUUCAAGCAGAGCCAGUUCAACUGGCUGUGGUGGGAGUGUGUGACGUUCCAGCACUACGCCGAGGAGACAUCCUAUGAAAACUCUCUUCUGGUGCAGCAAACGGGCGCCCUGGCCCUGUCCUCUCUUACACAUGUGCUCCGCAGCUUGACGCCAAACGCGAGAGGUAUUUUCAAACUACUGGUUGAAUUUCAGCUGGAGAACAAAGACAACCCUUCAUACACAGGGUUGUCAUUCCAAGACUUUUACCAGCGUUGUCGGGAGUCCUUCCUGGUGAACUCUGACCUCACCCUGAGGACGCAGCUGACCGAGUUCAGAGACCACAAACUGAUUCGGACACGCAAGGGUGCAGACGGUGUGGAGUGUCUGUUGGUUGCUGUGACCGCGAGCACACUGAUGGACUACUUGGAGAACGAGGAGCAGGACUGAGAAGACCACUUCUUCUGUAAUUUGAACGUACAUUUUCACCGUACUAGACCAUUAAACAAUAUAUACAGUGAAA